AUGUUGAGCGAGCGAGCGUGGCGGGAGAGGGGAAGGGGGUACGGAGUGAGCGGUAGCGGGACGACAACACCCGAGCACCGCCGAGGGCCGAAUGCCGCGACGUGGUCGUACGGAGGGCGAGCGAGGAGCGGCGGCGGUGGCGGCGGGGCGGAGGAGGGGUGCGAGCGGGGGUGCGCCACUUUAUCGCGGCGAGCUGGCAACGCCGCGCGGGGCGGUCGGCCGCGGGGCGGGACGGGGCGCGGGGGAGAGGUCCGCCAGCCGCCAGCCGCCGGCCGCCAGCCGCCAGCCAGUGUUACCUUUGACGGUGGUUGGAGCGGUCGCCGGACGGUGGGCCGUAGUGAUGUCGCCGUCGGCACUCGCGCUGCACGUCUGUCAUGUUGA